AUGCUAAAAGUAUUAAUUCCUACAAUUAUACUAUUCCCAACAAUCUGGCUUUCGUCACCUAAGUGAUUGUGAACAGCAACAACUGCACACAGCCUGUUAAUCGCCCUUGUUAGCCUGGCCUGAUUAAAGUGAACAUCUGAGACCGGGUGAGCAGCCUCUAAUAUAUACCUAGCCACAGACCCACUAUCCACCCCCCUCCUAGUACUAACAUGCUGGCUUCUUCCACUAAUAAUUUUAGCCAGCCAAAACCAUAUUACCCCAGAACCCAUUAGCCGUCAGCGUCUUAACAUCACCCUGCUUGCCUCAUUACAAACCUUCCUGAUCAUAGCAUUUGGUGCAACAGAAAUAAUCAUAUUUUACAUUAUAUUUGAAGCCACACUGAUUCCGACCCUAAUUAUUAUUACACGAUGGGGAAAUCAAACAGAACGCCUCAAUGCAGGCACCUACUUCUUAUUUUAUACCUUAGCAGGGUCUUUGCCACUCCUAGUGGCUCUCCUACUACUACAACAGUCAACAGGGACUCUAUCAAUGCUAAUUCUACAGUACUCACAACCCCUCACACUCCAAUCCUGAGGCCAUAAAAUCUGAUGAGCUGGGUGCCUAAUCGCCUUCCUUGUAAAAAUACCACUCUACGGCGUGCACCUCUGACUACCAAAAGCCCAUGUAGAGGCCCCAGUGGCGGGAUCCAUGGUCCUGGCUGCAGUACUUCUAAAACUGGGUGGAUACGGGAUGAUACGGAUAAUAGUCAUGCUAGACCCGCUAUCCAAAGAAUUAGCCUACCCAUUCAUUAUUCUGGCUUUAUGGGGCAUUAUUAUAACAGGAUCUAUUUGCCUACGACAAACGGAUCUGAAAUCACUAAUCGCCUACUCAUCCGUUAGUCACAUAGGCCUAGUAGCCGGAGGAAUUCUGGUCCAAACCCCAUGAGGAUUCACGGGAGCAAUCAUCCUAAUGAUUGCCCACGGACUAGUGUCCUCCGCAUUAUUCUGCCUAGCCAACACAGCCUAUGAGCGAACCCAUAGCCGAACCAUAAUUCUUGCUCGAGGCCUCCAAAUAAUCUUCCCAUUAACAGCCGUGUGAUGAUUUGUCGCUAACCUGGCCAACCUAGCACUCCCACCACUCCCAAACUUAAUAGGAGAACUAAUAAUUAUUACAACCAUGUUUAACUGAUCCCCAUGGACCAUCACCCUGACCGGGACAGGGACCUUAAUUACAGCAGGCUAUUCACUAUACCUAUUCCUGAUAUCUCAACGGGGCCCAGCACCGAGCCACAUUAUGGGACUAUCCCCAUUUCAUACCCGAGAACACCUGCUGAUAGUCAUACACCUCGUCCCAGUCCUUCUCUUAAUUACGAAGCCGGAACUUAUGUGAGGCUGAUGUCACUAG